AUGGAGCUGGGAGGGGCCUUCACUAUCUUUCUGGCACUCUGCUUGUCUUGUCUGCUUAUCAUCAUUGCCUGGAAGCGGAUCAAUAAGGGGGGAAAGCUACCCCCAGGUCCCACACCAAUACCCUUCCUGGGGAACCUGUUACAAAUUCGUACGGAUGCCACCUUUCAGUCUUUCAUGAAGCUCAGGGAGAAAUAUGGCCCAGUCUUCACUGUGUACAUGGGUCCCCGGCCGGUAGUUAUUUUAUGUGGACAUGAAGCAGUGAAGGAGGCCCUGGUAGACAAAGCAGAUGAUUUCAGUGGCCGUGGAGAAUUGGCUUCAAUAGAGCGGAACUUCCAAGGUUAUGGUGUAGCUAUGGCUAAUGGAGAACGAUGGAAAAUUCUCCGACGCUUCUCCCUGACCAUUCUUCGGGACUUCGGGAUGGGAAAGCGCAGCAUUGAGGAGCGAAUCCAGGAGGAGGCUGGCUUCCUACUGGAGGAAUUACGGAAGACAAAGGGUGCCCCCACCGAACCCACCUUCUUCCUGAGCCGCACUGUCUCCAACGUCAUCAGUUCGGUUGUCUUUGGAAGACGCUUCGACUAUGAGGACAAGACGUUCCUGAAGCUGCUGCAGAUGAUCAAUGGGAGUUUUAUUGAGAUGAGCACACCCUGGGCACAGCUAUAUGACAUGUAUUCUGCAAUCAUGCAACAUUUGCCAGGAAGACACAAUCGUAUCUAUUACUUGAUAGAGGAGCUCAAGGACUUCAUUGCCUCAAGAGUCAAGAUCAAUGAGGAAUCCCUUGAUCCACAGAACCCUCGAGAUUUCAUUGACUGUUUCCUCAUCAAGAUGCACCAGGACAAAAAUAAUCCACACACAGAAUUUAACCUCAAGAACUUGGUCCUCACCACUCUCAACCUCUUCUUUGCUGGCACAGAAACUGUGAGCUCUACAUUACGCUAUGGAUUUCUGCUGCUAAUGAAGCAUCCUGAGGCAGAAGGUGAGUGUCCAUAUGAGCUGCCCACCUGGUGA